AUGGCAACGACCAUCGCGGCUAUCCUGUCGCACAAAUUUUAUAUUAGCCGGCCAAUUCACACCUUCGCCGUGGAUCCCAACAUAAACGUGGAGCUGUGCGUGGGCGAGUCGUGGCGGGGAGUGGGUGUGGCGCGCUCCCCGUCUCACGAGUCCGUCACCACGGAGCUGUCACUGUUCAGCGUCUCCUCUGCCGCCUCCGAUGCCCGGGUCCUCAAGCUGUUAGCAUGCAAGGCUGGACAGGGGCCUGAUCCUACAUUGAGAGUAUCCAGUCCAAAUCCAGAUGGCAAGAUUUUGAAACGCGGCGGCGGCGGCGGCGGCGGCAGCGCGGUGGGCGGUGGCGCGGACACGUGUCGCGAGCUGCUGGCGGGGUGCGCGGCGCUGUGCGCGCAGCUCGGCCUGCGACGCUGCUUCAGCGCCGGCGACGUCAGCGCGCCCCCGCUCCGCCCGCUGCGCAGCGCGACGUCGGAGGUGGGUCUGUGCGCAGCGCUGGAGGCGCUCACCCUCACCGCCGCCUCGCGCUCCUGCAGCACCUGGGUCGCAGUGGGCGGGUCGCAGCUGCCGUCGCCGCAGCGGUCGCACUCCGUGCAGCCGCCGCAACGCCCCCUACCCACUGACAAUAAGAAGGUGCGACAGAACUACAUAAAGCGGCGGCUGCUGACGACGUACCGCGCGCUCGAGCGCUUGUCGCAGUCCGAGUUCAACCUCGACAAGCUAGAGGCGGCGGCGGCGGCUGCGGCGGGGGCGGGGGCCGGGGCGGUGCCGACGACGCUCGCGGUGCCGCGCCCGCACACCAAGUUCGUGCAUCCAGAGGCGGCGCAGCUGGCGCUGACGGCGGCCGACCUGGAGCGCGAGCGCGGCCGCCCGCUGUCCAAGUACGAGCGCAACAUGAUGAUCUUCAACUGGCUGCACACCCUCGACGACGCGCCGCCCUUCUAGACCCAACACCACCCGCAGUCCAUCACACGUCGCCCAGUCUCCCCACAAACACCUCACCGUCCCUCGACAAG